AAUUAAGAGCCCAUUGCGGCGGGGAGCGAUCUGGCGGCGAGAUCAUACUUCUCCGACGAGACGGAAAGCAGGUCGGCGACGUCACCGAUCGAUCGAUCGCGCUUCUCCUCCCUCGAGCGACACGAAUUCCAGGCGAGCGUUCCCGUCGAGUUCGAGGUCGUUGCGCUCUCGAAUUCCCUCCCGGCUUCGCGAGCAGAGAGACAUGAAGGCGAGCAAGCGCAGGGCAGAGACCAGAAGCGUCCAGCUCAACACCCUCCACCACCGCCUCCGCGACGCUCUUCAUCUCUGCACCAGAUGUCGCGAUGGAGGCCGGACGAGAUGGGAGUGCAGGGACAUCGAGACGCAGAGAUACGUGCUUCGCUCGAUUGUUGCUUUCCUCGAUUGCGUUUCGGAGGAGACGUCGGGUAAUCCGCUUCUGAAGGAUUCAGCUGAAGAUAUAGUCGGGGCAUUGGUGGGUAUUCUUCACCAAAAAAGUGAAGCCACAACUAGCAUAGCGGCGGAUGCAGUCUGCAAGUUGGCCAGUGUCUUAGCAACUUCUAUUCUGCAACCUCAUCUUCCAGAUCUUGUUCAUCCUUUGUCAUCCUUGUCAAUUUCCCCUCAGUUACAAGUUGCUGUUCCAUCUUCCAGAGCCUUGAGUGUUAUGCUUUCAAAUUUGAGCAAAAAGAAGGAGAAUGAAGUCUGGGAAGUUCUCGAUAAAGAAGAUAUCACAACCCACCUAAUUAAAAAUAUACUAAAUUUCUCUGCCAGCACUAGCUCAAAUGUGUAUUUCCAAGAGAUGUUAGCUCUAUUGGCCAUAAUACUGUUGAGGUGGCCUCAAUCCAGGUAUCAAGUGUGGAGUAAUGUGAGUUUUAUGAACAUGUUGGAGGAUUUCUGUGUAAACCCCGACCCUUCUCUUGGAGUUGCUCUUUUGAAGUUGUAUACCGCCACAGCUCUAUGCAGUUAUGGUGCCAAGAAGAUUCUGGAACAUGGUGAAACUAUUGUUGGCACAAUGGUACGCUUUAUGGGAAGUUCGAACCCGCUGUCAGUUCGAAUUGAGGGAUUUAAACUGGCACAAUGUUUAAUGUUGACAGAAGAGGGAUGCUCAAGAGUGGUCAGCAUGUGUUGUGAGCCAAUUGUAGAAGCCAUAGUGUGUGCAAUCAAUGAGGGGAAGUUGAAAGAGGGAAAAGGUGCUAAUGACCAGAUUCCUUUGAUGAUUGAAGCAUGUCGUUUGGCAAUGAUUACUCGUUGGCCGGGGAAGCAUCGUCUCUACUUUUGGAAAAAGGGGAUCGACAAAGUUCUUGUUGAUAUUCUAUUGCCGAACUUUGUUGGGAAGUAUCCUUCUUAUCACACAUACACACUGGAGGAGCAAAUUGCCAUAGCACGGGAGAAUCUCAUUGAUAAUCCUUUUCUGGUUUUAAGGCCAUAUGUAUGGGACAUUCUUGGGUGGCUUUCAAUAAGAUAUGCUGAAGAUUUUGAUCCCAAAUUUUCUGAAAAUGAAGCUCAUUUUGAUGUUCUUACAGCGGCCGCGUGUGUAGCUUUUGAGGACAUUAUUGGUAGAGGGAACCAGCUGUGCCAUGAUGAUGUCAUCAGUACCUUUAGAAGUGAAUCAGCUGUGCGAGUAGUCCUAAUGAUGAUUUUCUCUUCUUGCAAAUACAUUUCAUCAAAGGCUAGAAGUAUGCUUUGUGAGGUUCUAAAUCCAAACGGUGAGAGGUAUCUAAAGCAAUUGCUUUAUACACUAAAAUCCCCAUCAUUUGGAGUUAACCUUGGGAUGCCAAAUAUGGUUCACAUUGUUAUAAGUUUGAUAGGUUUGACAUGCUUUUUGGCUUUGCCUCAUUAUCAAGGGUUUAUUGUGGAAGGCUCAAAGGCCCUAUUGUCUUAUAUGAUGGGACGCUCAUCUGAAUCAUUCUAUAUACCAAGGUCAAAUUAUGCCCUACAUCUCAAGAGCAACUUGCCUGGUAGAGCUUGUUGUUUUCUGAGUUUAGAAGAGUGGGAAGGAAAAGAUGUCAUUUUGUUCCAUAAUUUGUGGGGCCUGUCAGUGUCAAUUCAUCAUUCUGGCUCCAAAAGUAAAUGUUCGAUCAUCGCUGUUCUUCAGACAGAAAAUGUCAAGACUGAACUAGUUAACAAGCUUCUGGAAAUCUGCAAGGACACUUCUAAUUGUGGGGCGAGGUGGUUUGCUUCAUACAUACUGACCUACUUUAGCUACUUCGGUUUUCCUUCAGAAGGAGGGGUAAAAAUAGGGAAAGCACUUAGUCACGAGGAUUACGCAGAUAUAGAGCUGAUUCUUGGUAAUGGUACUUCAUUCUGUGUCCACGGGGUUCUUCUUAUGGUUAGGUGUCCUUUGUUAUUGCCUCCAGAACAGCCUUUUGAUGGGGGAACAUUUGAUAAUUCUUCAGUCACUAACGACAGUGAUAACUGGCGUGGAAAGUUUCGAAAAGAGAUUCGGUUAUCUUCUCAUGUUAAUCGCCUAGAACUGGAGAAAUUGUUGGAGUAUGUCUAUUCAGGGUAUGUACAAGUUGAAGAAGAUACUGUAAAGAGAUUAAAAAUUCUUGCGAGACACUCUGGCCUGCAUCACUUAUCUGAGUUACUUUCGAGGAGAUUUCCUGAAUGGGCCAUCGAGAUUCCCAGUUUUGAUCUCAAACCAGCUCUUGGUCAAGGGAAGCAUAUGUUUUGGGACAUAAUCUUGGAAUCUAAAGCAACGGAACUGAGUUGGACAUGCUCUAUUUGCUCUAUGUCUGUUCCACACAUGCAUGUUCACCGGAUAAUUUUAUGGGCGAGCUGUGAUUAUCUGCAGGCAUUGUUGCAAUCAGGAAUGCAAGAAAGCCAAUCACAAAUUCUAAAGGUACCUGUCAGUUGGGAAGCUUUAGUUAAACUAGUAAGUUGGUUCUAUUCUUCUAAGCUUCCUGAACCCCCAUCAGGUUGUUUAUGGAGUAACAUGGGUACGAAGAAGAAGCUACACCAGCUAGAGCUGUAUGUAGAACUUUCUUGGUUGGCGGACUUCUGGCUCCUGGAAGACAUUCAGGAAGCGUGUUUUAGGAUUGUAGACGAUGGCCUGUGUUCUGCGAGACACUUGUCCGUUAAGAUUCUCCAAAUGGCUGCAAAUUUGUCUCAAUGGAAAUUGGCAGAAGCUGCGGCGAAUCAUGUCGCUCCAUCUUACCGUCAACUGCGUGAGUCUGACGAACUUGAUGAAUUGGAUGAAACACUAAUUGAAAUGGUUCGUGCUGCCUCUGUACGACUUUCACAGAGCAGGCGAUAGUAAUUCCAAACUAGUUGGAAAAAGAGCGGUUACAAAGUGGGCUAGACAAAUUUUGGCAUUUCAACGGAGGAAAUUCAACAAAAGGUCUUUGAAGCAAAGGAAGCACAUGGAGCAACUAGCAUAAUCUGAUGGGGAGCCAGCUUACUCGACCAGAUUUUACUUACCAAAGCAGCUUCCUCGAGAAGUCCUGUCUGUGUUGGGACGGCAAGUGAAAGAUUGUACAUAGCACAGUUGUACACCGAUUCAGCCCGCUUGAGUAGGGGCUCUAGUUUCAUUCUUUUGAUUCUCUCGGAUGUUACAAGCAAUCAAGAGCAUCCAUUGUACACAUUUCCGGUUAUUGAAUAGAAACACAUCCAUAGCAUAUUCUUU